UUGUUGUUCCCUUUCUGCUGGCAUUUGUUUUCGGAUCCUUGAGCCCUUGAGCUGCAAAGACUGUAGCACGAGGAGAGCUUUCGACCGGCUUCGGCAACACGGGUUCACCACAAUGCCUUUCCGAUCAGGCUGAACAAGGAUGUGGCAAUUUGUAUCCCAUCCAAACCUCUGCUAACGCAUGUCAGCCAACGCAGUGCCAAGACAGCGCAGAAAAGGAUUUGCAGCGCUUGGCAUUUCCGUUUUAAACAGCGAUGUGAGUCAGGACCAGAAGGACAUAAAGUUUCGAAGUCAUGGCCGUGGCCGAGACUCCGAGCAUGACAUGGAUCUACAGGCGGAGAUCUUGAAGGGAAAGAGCAGGGACCAGGACCGGCUCUUAGCCAUAGUUGCCGGACUUCAAGAAGGCAUUGAAGACCUACUGGCUGGUCGGGUCUUUCACCCCAAGCAGGAGGAGGAAGAAGAAUGCCCACGUACGGCAUCUAGCGGCUCAAGUUCUGAUGGACAGAAUGAGAAAGUGCCAAGUCCAACGGAGGAAGCAAAGCAAGAAGCAAGCGCACAAAGCGGGCAAGAAGCUGCCACGAGAGAAAAUAAAGAAGCAGUACCAGUGAGUCUCAAGAAGUCAUUGGCAGGAAUGCCUAUAUGGAUCGAGCAUGAAGUGCACUCUGAUGACGAGGACUCGAAUGCAGGAUCUGCAGAGCAAGGUGCAAGCGACGAUGAAAGCGUUGGUAGCUUUCUGCAUAUAGCUCAACAUGACAUUGACGAUUUGGUACAAGAGACGGAUGAAAAGAAGCUUGAACAGCAGAUUGGAUGGGGUCGAGCGGCGACCAAUCGAAUCAUGUAUGAGUGGAAGGAGUAUGCACGGGUGAAGAUCAUGGAGGAAGUGAAUCAAUGGUUCCAACACCGUUCAUGGGCUGCACGAGAGGAGGCUGAAAUGCUGGAUGAAGCUGAAGCAACAAGCAGGGAGAUUUUAGCAUCUGAGCAUGAGUCAAUCAGAGCUCUGAAGACCGCUAUAGAAAGGAAGGAAAUUGCGCUUGUUUCAUCUGUCAGCAGCUUUCGGCAAAACAUGGACCGACGGGUUGAGCAACAUUGGGCCGCGAAGAGAAGAGCUCGAGAUCAAGCCAUCGCACAGGUGCAAAGAGAAGAAGAGCAGCGUAGACAAGAAAGGUUGAGGCGGCAGCAGGAGCGAGCUGCAAAGAAGUUUAGCGACAUUGAUGACCAGAUCGCAGACAUCAAGGACAGCAUUGAGCAAGUCAAGGGCGAGAUUCACAAGAAAGAACUCAUGAAGCACACCUACCCGUCCGGGAAACGUCGCGCCAGUGCAGCUGGUGGUGCCAAGGCUGGAGAUGUACUUGCAAUCAUUGCAUCUCAACAAGAAGAGGCUCAAGUACUGUCCGGGAAACUCGCACUUGAGAACCAGAAAUUGGAGACACUUGAAGAAGCUUUGGAGAAGGGCAGGGUUUUCUUCAAUAGUCAAGGUUUCAAAAGCAAAAAAGUUCGAAGUCUUCCGGCGGAUGAUCCAGCUGGCGAGAUCGUGAACGAGGAGAUGACGUCGGCCAUGAAAACAGUGCUGGCACAAUUGAUGAUCGAAGACGAAUCACUGGCCGAGCUCAUUUCGAUCGCCAUCAGUUUGGCUAAUUCCCCAGCUGGCAAGAACAGAACAAGGAAUGGGUUCUUGAGGCUUGACGACAUUUUUGGGGAGAAGGACCCAUUGGCGGCAGAUGACCCCAACAAGCUCCCGGCAGACGAGAUUGUUGUUAGCAAAGAUCCAGAAGAACGGAAGAGAAAACUCAAGGAGAUACAAACUGAAUGUGCCCAGCUUCAGGAGGACAUCGAGAUCCUGGACAGCGUUGAUCAUAUCAUGCCAGACUCGCCAGCUGAUGCACAAGUUCAGGACGAUGAUGAGCAGCUAAACGAAGAAGAGGCUGAACUUCGCAGAAAAAACGAGAAGGCCCUCGAGAAGCUCUUGACCAAAGCGCUUGCAGCCAUGGACGCAAUGCACCAAAAGAAGGCAGUGCUGACUCAAUCUCGCAAGCCAAAAACGCAUGAGCCAUCAGACAAUCCUGAAAUUGGCAGCUUGGAAGGUGAAAGCAGGGGUGGAGAGGCUACAGAAGAAGAGGAUGCGAAAAAUAUCGGCCGAGACCCGCCCAAGGAGAAAGAUGCUGCAAGCCUGCUGCAGUCCGAGGAGCAUACAGAAGCUGAAAAAGAAGCUGAAAAGCAGAAAGUGGUAGCCGCCCAACUAUCAGAGGAGGAAGCAGCUCUAAAGCGCCAGCUGAAGCAAUUAAGAGCAAUCGAAUCCAAGGCAGCUGGUGGCUCUCCUCAAGGGAGCCCAGGUCACGGCUUUGCACCAGAUCCUCAAGUUGCUGGAGGUUCACCACGUUCGAAAGCCGAACGCCUUGAGGCGUCUCGAAAUCCCUCUUGGAGAAGAGUGAACCAAACAGAUGGCACCGUCCAAAGAGACGAUGGAGUUCAUUCUGAGUCAGACGUCUCCAUUGUGGAGGAAACACCAGAUGUGGGAGAAUUGCUUCAACCAGGGGCAGGUACUGACAUGGGUCCUACAGCAGGUGGUGACUCAAGCGCAGAUGAUAGCGGUUCUGCUUCAAGCGCCACCAACGAGGUGAAGGUGAGACGUCAUGCAAGCGUCACCCGACAAGAAGCAGAUCAUUUGGAUGAUGCCCUCGCUAAACAACUGGAGGAGAACAAAGUCGCUGCUCAAGAAGUUGAGGAGCUGCGGCAGCUGCUGGAGACGCUGAAGAAUGCUCCAGUCCCUUUGGCACAAGGAACUUCGGCGGCCAAACAGGAGUCGUCUGGUCCAAAAGGAGAAGGAAUUCUUCCGAAACCCAUUGACAGAGACCAGAGUGGUGCAGUCACACCCGGGUCGAGGUCCCAGGUGCAGCUUGAGCCCGUCUCCAGUCCUAGUGGUAGUCCAUCUCGAGGCUCCAAGUCUCGAAGGUCACUUGCACCCCGUCGAGGAAGUGUAGAGAAGCCGCAAGAGGAAACGGAGGAGCAAAAGGACCAGAGCGCUUUAAAACUCCAUGACUGGCGCUGGAUGCUCCAGGAAUUGGUAAGCGCCUGCCAACAGUUGGCUGCGGAGAAAGAAGGUUAUGAGAAGGAGAUGGCAUCUAUUGAAGAAAAGAUUCGGCGAGUAAAGAGCAUGGACUCCGGUGGUGUCGUGGAACUUCUCAAAAAGGAUGUUCAAUCCGAGAAGAAGGUUGACUCCAUUGAGGUCAAGGAGCUCAAAGCAGAGAUCAAGAAGAGACAGUCUCAGGUCAAUGCUAUGCGCAGGACGUGGCAGGACAUGCAACUGUCAGGAAAUAGACGAAACGCUCUCAGUGGCGCUGAGGACGAGGAAAGGCAGCGAGAUGUUGCAAAGCGCUUUGCACAUGUUCUUUCCUUCCUCAGGGCCUCCAAAGCAAGUGAGCUGACUCAGGAGGCCAAAAAAGCUGGCUUGGUCACAGAGAGUGGAAAUGCAGAGGUGGUUGGAAAGACAGCCUCAAAAUUUCUGUCAGCAAUCAGGAAGGUUCGGGUCGCUGAAAGACCAGUGCAAGACGAUGAUGGCGAAGAAGGAGAUGUUCCGCCAAGCCCAGGCGAUGGACGGACACCAGCAGGAAGCCCCACAGGGACAUCCCCAGCAGCAUCCAGGCAAGGCUUCAACCGUCUCACGGCCGAGGCAACGACUGGACACCGCGGGCAGAAUUUGGAAGUGCCACAAGGUCAAUCAGGUCAAGAUCGUGUGCCAAGCCCAAGGUUGCCACGACGAGCUUCCCUGCCCUUGAAGGCUCCCGAAGAUGAACCGGACACACGAAGACGUCGCUCCUUCAACAACAUUCUUGAGAAGGCAAAGAUGAAGAAACCAAAGGAGGACAACGUUGCAACGCCUGGAGCAAAGGUGAACUCUGCGGUUCGUUUCGCCCCAGAAGAUGCCCAGGAGACACCAAGACUGAGGUCCAAGUCACACAACUAGGCAUUUCAACUCCUGCCGACCUCUGAGAGGCUCAAGGUUGCACUGCGCAAAGCCUUUCUGCAUGGCCCAGCCUGGCACAAGCCUGGCGCAGCAACAUGCAUAGCCGUGCACAGCCGUGCAUAGCAGCCUGGUCAAGCGUCAAAA